AUGAGCCUAAGAGUUUUCCUCCUCCUGUGCCUCCUCAUCCUCAGGGCAGAGCCGAGUGUAACACCAGAGAAGGGCGGGGACUCCCAGAAACCAGGGAGGUGUCCACGGGACUUCAUGCGCUGCUUGCGCCUGGAGUCCCCACUCUGUGCCAAUGACUCCAGCUGCCCCGCCGGGCUCAAGUGCUGCCACUGGGAGUGCCGGCUCCGCUGCAUCCCCCCGGCAGAAGAGAAGCCCGGUGCCUGCCCGGCAGCAGCCCCCGAGAGGCUCACUGCCCCCUGCUCCUUCCCCUGCCUGGAGGACAAGGACUGCCUGGGAGCGCAGAAGUGCUGCCCGCUGGGCUGCGGCUCUGCCUGCUUGGAGCCGGCGCAGGACCAGCCCAAGCCCAGCGAGGGCCCCACGGUGCAGCCAGGACCAUUCCGGGAGCGGUGCCGAGGCGACGGCGACUGCCCCGACGCGCAGAAAUGCUGCAACAGCAGCUGCGGCCACCAGUGCCUGCCGGGAGCACCGGCCGAGGACACCAGCCCUGCCCCAGUCACUCAAAGGCCACUGCAGCACCUGUGGGGAUGCCUCACGGACCAGGACUGUCCCCCAAACUACGUGUGCUGUCACCAGCUGUGCAGCAGGCACUGCGUGGAAAACAGUCAAGGGAAGGACGGAUUCUGCCCAGUCCGUGCCGGGCUGUUCCCCAGUUACAACUGCAGAGCCUGGUGCUGGCACGAUGGCGAAUGUCCCCACGAGGAGAAGUGCUGUCUCCGUGGCUGUGACUAUGUCUGCCUGCCCCCAUCCCGAGAGAAACCAGGUAUCUGCCCGCUGGCUGAGGAGGCUCCACUGGCUCCAUGUGGCACCCCCUGCACCAAGGACUGGCAGUGCCCGGGGGCUGAGAAGUGCUGCAGCAGCAGCAGAUGUGGCUAUGUGUGCUCAGCUCCCGAACCAGACAAACCCGGUGAGUGCCCAAAGGUGAGGCCACAGCACACAUCAGAGCCGUGCACGGAGACGGACUCCUGCACCCACGACAGGGACUGCUCCCGGCAGGAGAAGUGCUGCUUCUCUGGCUGCGCCAUGCGCUGCACCCGCCCUGCCCAAGAGCACCCCGGAGAGUGCCCCCGGGCAGAGCCGUGCUGGGACCCGCGGCGCCGGCGCGGGAGCCAGUGCCUGGAUGACAGCGUCUGCCGGCGAGAGGAGAAGUGCUGUGACACCGGCUGUGGCUGGGAGUGCGUGGCCGUGCCCAGAGACAGCGGGGACAAAGCUGAUGGCCGGUGUGUGGAGGAGUGCCAGGCUGAUUCACACUGUCCCCGGGGACAGCGAUGCACCAGCAUCGGCUGUGGCCAUGUCUGCAUGGACAUCCCUGGAGAGCGUGACACUGUGCCUGUGCCCCAGCCCAGUGCUGAGCGGUGCUCGGAGGAGUGCGAGGCGGACUCACAGUGUCCCUGGGGACAGAGGUGCACCCACACCUCCUGCGGCCGUGUCUGUGUGGACACUCCUGGAGGUGAGGCACAGGAGACCCAGUGUUGCCCCAGGAGAUGCAGAGGUGGAGAGUGCCCCAUGCCUGUGGGCAUUAGUAAGACCUGCCUGGACCUGUGCAGCCUCGAUGAGGAGUGUCCCUGGGGUCACAAGUGCUGCAGCAAUGGCUGUGGCCACGUCUGCACACGGGUGUCUGGUGGUAAGGAGGCCUAUGGCCACCCUAAGGAGGCCAGCAUCAGGGCAGAUGCCUCUGCAGGGCAAGGGGAUCUGAAGUGA